AUGAGUGAAAAAAAAUUAUCUCGUUGGUAUUUCGGAGGCUUAGCAUCUGCUGGUGCUGCCUGUUGCACACAUCCUUUGGAUUUACUUAAGGUUCAAUUACAAACACAGCAAGAGGGUAAAACUUCAGUUAUUCGUUUGACUGUAAAUAUAAUUAAACAACAUGGUAUAUUAGCUCUUUAUAACGGUUUAACUGCUUCGCUUAUGAGACAAUUAACUUAUUCUACUACUAGAUUUGGUAUAUACGAAGUUGCUAAACAGGCUGCGUCACCUAAUGGAGAACCUGUUCCAUUUAUCACAAAAGUAGGUAUGGCUGGCAUUGCGGGUGCUGCCGGUGGGUUUAUAGGUACUCCUGCCGAUAUGGUCAACGUUAGAAUGCAAAACGAUAUAAAAUUACCACCCGAAAGCAGAAGAAAUUACAAAAAUGCCAUCGACGGUUUGUGGAGGGUUUAUAAUGAAGAAGGAGUUCGCCGACUUUUUUCCGGCGCAUCGACGGCGACAAGUAGAGCCGUACUCAUGACUAUCGGUCAACUUUCAUUUUACGAUCAGGUCAAAACAUUUCUUUUAUCAACAAACAUGUUUAGCGAUAAUUUAACGACGCAUUUUCUUUCAAGUUCAACAGCCGGAGCCAUUGCCACGACUCUGACGCAACCUUUGGAUGUAUUAAAAACGAGAGCCAUGAACGCAAAACCGGGAGAAUUUUCCAGCAUGUGGCAGUUGAUAUUGUACACGGCAAAACUCGGACCUUUAGGAUUUUUCAAAGGAUACAUUCCUGCAUUUGUUCGUUUAGGACCACAAACAAUUUUAACUUUUGUAUUUUUAGAACAACUUAGAAUUAAUUUUGGAUUUGUGAAACAGUAA